UCCAACUCCACGUCAUGAUGUUACAUGUCCAUCAUCCAUGCAUGCUGGUCAUUCCAUAUUACAUGGUGAUCACGGAUUGCUGAUUGCACCAUUGUCCUUCCCACCAUCUCCGUUUAGUUGUCCAAGUCCAAAGGGAACCGUCUCCGCUGUGCUUUAUUGUGCACGCAGCUCCGCUUGCCAAGUAGCAGCAGCUGCCGUUGCCGCUGCUGGUGCACAUCGCGCUCCUCGCCACAAAGUUCAACCCGGACCGCGUCGCCGAGAGGUUGCAAGCAUGAAUUCCACACCACUACCCGAUUACUACAAGACGCUGAGUGUCUCGCCAUCCGCGACUACAGCAGAGAUCAAGGACGCGUACCGGAAAGAAUCGCUGCGAUCGCAUCCUGAUCGAUUUCCGCAUGCUACACCGUCAGAGUGAGUAUUUUGUGUUUGCCUCUGGCGCGGGAAAUGCUGGUCCCAGUAUUGUCGCGUUGACUAACACU